AUGAAUGAAUAUACCAGUGCAUCCUGUACAGAAGAAUCAAAUAAUGAAACCGAUGAUGAUAAUGAUGAUGAUGAUGAUGAUGAUGAUGAAAUACUUGAUCAUGAACCAACAAGUCAAUUACAAACACCUUAUGCUCAACAAAUACCUCAAUCAAAUAUAAAACAACAAAUUCAUGAUGCUGGUUUUCGUGAAUAUUGUUCACAAUUAAUUGAUCGUCAAUUAGAUGAAUUAUGUAUACAAUUAUUAAUAACAUUAAAACGUUUUCAAGAUCGUAAAAAACAACAAUAUCAAUCAAAUCCUGAACGUGCACGUCGUAAACGUCGUUAUGUACAUGGUAUACGUGAAGUAACAAAACAUUUACGUUUACAACGUUUAAAAUGUGUUUUAAUUGCACCUGAUUGUCAAUCAAUACAAAGUCAAGGUGGUCUUAAUGAUGCUAUUGAUAAAAUUAUAAAUCUAUGUAAAGAACAUAAUAUUCCAUAUAUAUUUACACUUAAUCGUCAAAAAUUAGGUCGAUGUUUAAAUAAAAGUUCACGUAUAUCAACUAUUGGAAUAUUUGAUUAUAGUGGUGUUGAUCAUAUAUAUAAACAAAUUAUUGAUAUAACAUAUGAAAAUCAACAUGCAUAUAAACAAAUUAUUGAUAAUAUAUUAAAUCAUGAUGAAACAAUAAUAACAACACCAUCACAUGGUUUAAAUAGUCGUGAAUUUUAUAAAAUUCUUCAUCGAACAUUUCAACAACAACAACAACAACAACAACAACAGCGUCAACAUAUUGUUAAUAUAAUACCAAAUGAAUCAUUAUCAAAAGUUUUACCAAAAGUUCCAGCACAUUAUGCACAUUCUCGACAAACAUCAGAUACAUCAACAAUUUAUAUUGAUCCACAAUUAAUUAAUUCAAUUAAAAAACAACAUACACGUGCAUCAAGUGGAACAUUUGAUAUAGAUAAAACAUCAACAAAAAAAAAUCAUCAACGAACAUUAUCAGAUGGUGCAACAAGUAUUAUUAAUGAUACAUCUGUACAAAUGAAACAUCAUAUUAAAACACAUUCACGUACACCAUCUGGUUGUAGUAUAAUAAGUCAAAUUGAACAACAAGAUUAUUUUGAACAAUCAAAAAAUAUAUUAAUGAAUAAUAAUAAUAAUAAUAAUAAUGAAAUAAUUAAUGAUAAUGAUGAAAAUCGUUUAAAAUCUAUACAUGAAGAUACAGAAGAAAAUUCAGCAAAUUUUAAAAGAAAAAAUGUUGAAAAUUGGAUUAAUAAUAAUUCUGAAAGAACAAAAAAUAAUAAUGAUAUUUGA